AUGGCACUUUUGCUCCAAGAAGGCUUGCCCAGAUCUAGUGUUUUACGUGAAACAUCAAGUGAUAGUCUGCCCAGCGAUCAUGGCCAGGAGCGUGGACUUUAUGAUGGGUUUGAAGCAAUAGUUCACCCAGAAAAAGAUUUAAUAACAUUCCAGCAAAGCUGCCUCCCUGUCAUAUUCACCCAGAAGGAAAUUGAGACAUAUCUUACCUACUUUCAUGACCAACCCUACUGCCUAUUUUCGAAAAAGUGGCUCUUAUGCUCUGCAAGCUCUUUAAAACCAGAGAUUGCCUUCCCAUUAGUGGCCCUUACUUCUCGUCUUCCUCGACGUUCUCGUGACAGAUUAUUCGGGGACCGGACCGACGCGAAGUAUUUUGCCGAGAAAGCUUGGUCAAUAUUAUCAAGUCAAUACCAAAAUGGCGCAAUGAGCCUUUCGUUUCUCCAGGGUCUAUUUCUAUUGGCCCAGGUAGACUUUUCUGAUGGACAGGCGCAUCGAGGAUAUAUGUCUGUGGCCCUUGGUCUGCGGGCCAUCCAGUCUGUGGGGUUGAACAAACAAAAUGCCUCGUACCUCUCAAGCAAUAACCCUGAUAUUGAGGCCAGAAAGCGCAUUUCCUGGGCAUUCUUUAUGCUUGAUCGCACCUAUAGUGCCUCCCGGAACUAUUCAUUGUCUCUCUCCGACAAACAAUUCACAUUACCAUUUCCUUCUCCCGAGACAGAGACAUCGUCUGGAGAUGAUGUGCCAUCGACCUACGGAUCUUUGCAUGAUGGGCCUGGGAAACAAGGACAAAAAGUGGAUUAUGGCAUCCUCGCUUGUCUUCUGAGACUGUAUUCUUUAUGGGGAAAAACCACAGAAUACGUGUUUGAACCCUUCGCCGAGAACACACUACCUCCCUGGCAGACUGGAUCUGCUCUCGCGAUCCUCGAGUCAGAAUGGUUGCAAUUCGAGACACACUUUGCAGAUGCCCAUCGGUAUAUCAAUGUUGAUUUCCAAAAACGCGCCCGAGAAGACCCAACAUCACGUACUUACAUCUCGACAUGGGUAUUUGUGCAAUUUCUCUUUCAUUCAAUCCAAUGCUUGCUGCAUCAUCCAUUUGUUAUCAUGACCAAGCUUCGAAACUUCAACGGGAACAUUUCUGCAACCUUCCUGCAAAAGUCAUUUGAGACCUCGCUACUCCACUCUCGAUGGAUAGUUCGGUUUAUAAGAGAAAUUGCCGAUGUCAACUUCGAAACUUACGAUCCAUUCCUGGGAUAUCUGGCCGCGAUUGCAGCCACGAUUCAGUUGGAGCAUACUGGAAGCAAAAAUCCCCAAAUUGCUCUUUUGGUCAACAAAGAAUUUCGAACGCUUGUGGAUUUCAUGACGGAGCUAUCUGUAUAUUGGGGAAAUAUGAGCAUAUUGGUGAACAAAGUGAAUGAGUUGGCUGCUCGUCAUCAGAAUUAUGGCUCCCUUUACUAUAAUCAAGACGGAUUCUCCGGAGCUUUGUCCAAAAUGCCCACUCCGUCGAGUAUGCCUCGGAUGUCCGUCGAAGAUGAGGCUCUUAUGUGGGAGAUUCUCGAUUUUGGCAGCUCAUCUGAGGGCAAUAACCCGGCGAAUUUCGGGGAUCUAGCCAUUCCUCACCCGCACGACACUGAUGCAGUUCAGUCUCUCCGCAAUGAUGGGUCUACUGUAACGCAAGGGGUUUCCGAGCAAUCAAAAAAGGCCGGCAAGAGAGGUCCAACGACACAAAAUCUUUCAAAUCAUGGUAUUCCAUCUAUUGACUCAAUGUCCGACCCCAUUGGCGGAAGCCCUUUUCCUGGGUGGCCAUUUAAUACAAGGAGUGGUGGUGAUGUGACUAGUCCAACAAUACCAGACAUUCCAGACUGGAUGAUCCUAGGAGACUAUAUGGCUGAGCAUCUGUGA